CUCGUGCAUUAUCGUACUGAUCUUAAUAGUGUCAUCACAGGGCCUAUAAAUUGAGGGCACUCCUCAUAAUAUUUUCAUAAUAUACUCAUAUUUCACAAUAUUUACCAAAAUACUAUUAGAGUUCUAGCCAUGUCUGCAUCUUUCUCAAAUGCUUCAAUGAUUCUGGAGGAAGAGCGGAGGUUUGAAGCAGAGGUAGCUGAGGUGCAAGCAUGGUGGAACUCUGACAGAUUCAGGCUCACUCGCCGUCCUUAUUCAGCCCGGGACGUGGUCUCGCUCCGCGGUGACCUGAAGCUAAGCUAUCCCUCUGAUGAGCUAGCCAAGAAGCUGUGGAGGACCCUGAAGGCACACCAAGCCAAUGGCACAACUUCAAGGACUUUUGGAGCACUUGACCCUGUCCAAGUGACUAUGAUGGCCAAGCAUUUGGACUCAAUUUACGUGUCUGGAUGGCAAUGCUCGUCGACUCAUACCUCCACCAAUGAGCCUGGCCCGGACCUGGCGGACUAUCCUUAUGAUACUGUGCCUAAUAAGGUGGAACACCUCUUUAUGGCUCAGCUGUAUCAUGACAGGAAGCAGAGAGAGGCGCGGAUGAGUUUGAGCCGUGAGGAGAGGGCUAAAACGCCUUUUAUUGAUUACUUGAAGCCUAUCAUUGCUGAUGGUGACACGGGGUUUGGGGGCGCCACGGCUACUGUCAAGAUGUGCAAGCUCUUUGUGGAGCGUGGUGCUGCUGGUGUGCAUAUUGAAGAUCAGUCCUCUGUGACUAAGAAAUGUGGGCACAUGGCUGGGAAAGUGCUUGUUUCUGUGAGUGAGCAUAUUAAUAGGCUUGUUGCAGCACGGUUGCAAUUCGAUGUGAUGGGGACUGAGACUGUUUUGGUGGCCAGGACUGAUGCUGUGGGAGCUACUUUGAUCCAGUCAAAUAUUGACACCAGGGAUCAUCAGUUUAUUUUGGGGGUGACUAACCCGAAUCUUAAGGGUAAAGGCCUGGCUGAACUCCUGGAAGCUGCAAUGGGUGCUGGGAAAAGCGCGCCUGAGCUUCAAGCUAUUGAGGAUAAGUGGCUGGCGAUGGCUGAAUUGAAGACCUUUUCGGAUUGUGUUGUGGAUGCCAUCAAGAAUCUGAAUGUUGGGGAGGCUGAGAAGAGGAGGAGAUUGAAUGAAUGGAUGAACUGUGCAAGUUUUGACAAGUGUUUGUCAAAUGUACAAGGCCGCGAGAUUGCUGAGAGAUUGGGCCUUGUCAAUCUGUUCUGGGACUGGGAUUUGCCUAGAACCAGAGAAGGUUUCUACAGGUUUCAAGGGUCUGUGAGUGCUGCAGUUGUCCGCGGCUGGGCUUUUGCACCUAUCUGUGACCUUAUUUGGAUGGAAACGGCCAGCCCUGACUACGACGAGUGCUCAGAGUUUGCACAGGGGAUGAAAUUGGUCGUACCUGAAACCAUGUUGGCGUAUAAUCUGUCCCCUUCAUUUAACUGGGAUGCAUCAGGCAUGACUGACCAGCAAAUGAUGGAUUUCAUUCCAAGGAUCGCGAAGCUAGGCUAUUGUUGGCAGUUCAUAACACUUGCUGGUUUCCACGCGGACGCUUUGAUUGUGGACACUUUUGCCAAGGACUAUGCAAAGAGGGGAAUGCUGGCUUAUGUUGAGAAGAUCCAAAGAGAGGAAAGGAAACAUGGUGUUGAUACCCUGGCUCAUCAGAAAUGGUCCGGUGCUAAUUACUACGACAAGGUUCUCAGGACUGUCCAGGGAGGCAUCACUUCCACCGCUGCCAUGGGCAAAGGAGUCACUGAGGAUCAAUUCGGAGAAACAUGGACCAGGUCCGGGGCUACAAACAUGGGCGGCAGCGCUGUGGUGAUUGCAAAGUCAAGAAUGUGAGACGCAUUGUCUAAUCCAGGGGUGGUGGAAAAGCAGCUUGGGAAAUUAUUUUAUGUGCUUUGAAUUUGUAAUCAUGUGUUUCAAUAAGUAAAUUAUGGUCAUUUGUAAUUUUUGCUACCAAAGCUUCUUUUUUAAAGAAAAAAAUGUCGGUUGUUCAAGCUUGUUCAAA